AUGAACGCCACCAUGGCCUCCUAUCAAGGCUCUGGCGCCAACAGUCCCGCUCUGGGCCGCGGUGUCAACAAUCAGUACCCACAUAACAUCGUCGGAACUUCCUUGACCGCCCCAGCUUCGCCCUCAGGCGCCUACACCGCCUCGGCACUCGCAUACGCCAAUGCUCAGCUCUCGCAGUAUGCUGCCACCGGAGGCACUGCUGCUCUUCCCGCCCACCUUCAUCCGCACGCUCUCAGCUCCGCGCUCUCCGACUACUCGAUCAGCCUGCCCAACUCGGCUGCUUCUUCGCCCGGUGCCACUCCGCGCCGCCUUCCAGGCACAGGCACCUCAACGCCUGGAGGCAACUCCCGCGUAGCUGCCAGCGCCAUCACGGGCAAGCGUCUCAACUGGAGCGAGAUGAUCUGCCAGACCAUCGCAGAGAGCGAGAGCGGUCGUCUCGUCAUCCAAGACCUCUUCGAGGGCAUGUGCUCCAAGUUCCCAGAGAUCCGCGAGUGGGCCUUUGGCAAAGAUUGGGAAGCUCGUGUCAAGAACCGUAUCAAGUCGACCCUCUCCAUCAAAGGCAACCUCUUCGUCAAAGUCCCGAGACCCAGCAGUGCUGCUGGCAAGGGUAGCUGGUGGACCCUCAGCCCGGAAGCACAGGAGGCUUGGAAGACAGGUCGAGUAGCCAAUGUAGUCAAGAACAACGCACAUAGCCGUGCAGGCAGUGCAGGGCCGAGCAGCAUCCACGGCUCGCCCGUUCGAACCGUCAGCUCCAAGUUUGGCACCUCGUCUCACACCACCAACCCACCCUACCUCGUCCAGAAUUCGCAUGCCCAUCAGAACCACAGCCAGCGAACAUCACCGCUCGGCAUCGGUCUCGCCCAGGCAGCCCACAGCUACGGCAGUCCGCUCGCCAACAACUUCAACUUUGGCGAGUCGCUGCCCAUGGUUGGUGCGCUCUCCCAGAACAGUGCGUUGCCCAGCAACCUGGGCCUGGGCGGCGACGAUACGAAUCUGAGCCUGGGCGGGCAGCAGCCGAACACGCAGUCGAUGCAGGACCAGGCGCAGAACGCGCAAGCCAGCAUGGCCACGCAGAGCUUUGCCAAUCUGGCUUUCCUUCAACCCAACGGGCCACAGCCGUUGGGAAAUGCGCAGAGUGUGCCUCACCUCGGUGGGCCGCAGUCGAUGCCGUUCCCCGCGCAAGGGCAGGAUCUGUCCGCAGCCAACUUGGCCAGCUUUGCCAACUUUGGCAACAACGACUACUCGGCCAUCUUUGCCGGCAUCCCCGGCUUUGAUGCGAAUGCAUUCGCCGCUGCGAACAGCACCAACAACGGGCAGGUCAACAUGGGCAUGGGUGCGUACCAGAUGGAGCAGAGCAGUCAUCCGUUUGGCGGUAGCAUUCCUGGAGCAUACACGUUGCUUCAGCAGCAGCAACAGCAACAGCAGCAAGGGGCUGGGCAGCAGGGUCAGCCAGGGCAGCCAAGCAACAACGCGUAUCCGAACUUUGGCAGUAACCUGUAUGCCAACCUCCAACAGGGAAACCAGAUGUCGGGGCAACAGCAGCGCGGUCUCAACCAGAAUCCGGGCACGUCUUCGCAACAAACGCCACAGUCGCAGUCGCAGUCACAGCAGUCAGCGUCACAGCGAGCGACGCCGCAGCCCCAACCUUCGCAGCCGAGCAACAGCAAUACGACGUCUGGCAUGGCGAGCGGUUACAGCGGGAGCUUCCCCGCCUCGAGCCCUUUUCCAGGGAACGGACUAGAGGGUCCCUCACCGGCCGACUCGACGUGGUUCUCCUUCACGCCGCUGGUGCAGCCGACCAACGAUGCGAACGAUGGCGGGUCCGCACUCGGGCAGCUCGGCGGCGAAGGAUCGCGCAAGAGGCGGACCAGUGGCGCUGACCUGGGCGAUUUCCAGCUCCCACCGCCCCAGGACGGAGCGUGA